AAAAAUCAGAACUUCUUAAUCAGGUCAAAGAAUUACAUUCACAAUUAGAUGAAACAACAGUUCAAUUUGAAAAUACUAGGACUUCAGUUUAUCAAGAGAAAAAGGUUAUCGAAGCAGUGUUGGAAGAAGAACGAAAGGCUAAAGAAAAUGCCGAGAAAGCACGGCGACAACUUGAGAGCCGAAUGGAAGAGCUAAUGGCCAGAAAAAGCAA